AUGUCUGAAUUUCCAUGUGAUACUUGCGAAAAGCAAUUCAAACUAAAAAGAACAUUGGAAGCUCACAAAAUGAUACACACUGGAGAGAAACCCUACGAAUGUGCUCAGUGUCAACAACGCUUUAGACAAUAUUCCUCCCUACAAAAGCAUCAAAGAACACACUCUGGAGCUAAACCAUAUGAGUGUGAGGAAUGCAAAUAGGCUUUCUCCCAAAUCUCCAAUUUGAAGAGACACUAACGCAAACAUUCCAAUGAAAAACCCUUCAAAUGCGAGGAAUGUGGAAAACAAUUCAUCACCAGUCAAAAUUACUAACAACAUAAUUCAAAACAUCAAUAGGAUCGAAAAUAAUAUAAAUGCGAAAGUGGCUGUGGCAAAACUUAUUUUUAUAUGUGCAGUUUAAAGAAACAUGAAAAGGAAAUGCAUCAGAAAAAAGAAAAACCCAUAUUCACCACUGAAUCCUAUAAUCAAUAAAUUAAAAACCUCAAGGAUUUCUUCACAUGCAACCAUCCUCAAGUAAUACACAAAAAUCAUGUUGAUGUACUCUUCAAUGGAUGCCUGUACUAUUACAACGAAGAAAAUCAAAAAAUUGAAUAUCACGAGCUUGUUGAUGGUGGCAAACUAGAAUGCGACCCAGUCAAAGAUCAUUAGCAUUUCCAAAAGAAUCAACAAUUUGCAUAGAUCGAUUGUUCACAAUGUCCCCAAGAAGUCAAUUGCUGUUUAGCCACAAACCAAGGCAACAUCCAAGAAUCAGAAUAUCCCCAAUCCUAUGUCUUACAUUAUCAUGGCCCUAACUGCGGACACCCCAUAGUCUUGCACAACGGCCACGUCGAUUAUCUAGUCAAUGAGAUGCUUCAUUACCCUCAUGAUGGACAUUGCGAUAACCACGGAAUUCUGAAUAGAAUCACAGUAUAAUGAGAACAUUAAUAAUUAUAUAAUUCAAAAAUGUCAUU